CCCAUUUACUAAACCGUGAAGGCCGUGUAGACAACCGCAAAGCGUGACUUUGUAUGACUAGAAAUCCAGCGGAGAUAGCGACACGAUCUGACCUGUAAAUUCAACUCUCUCUUCCUUUCUAUAAUAACAAAAAAACAACACUCUUUUCACUCUCUCUUCUCUACUCUCCACUCCUCUCUCUUUCAUUUCUCUCAUAAACCAAUUAAAAAUAAACAAAAACAAAUCCUCAACAACAGUUUCAAUCUUCCGGAUCUUGUUAUCGGACCCGGAUCCUCAGAUCUCAGCCCGCUAUGCUCUUCUGAUACUUCACCUCAGUUCAUACCCUAAUUUUGCAGCUUGGUGUGAAAGAUGGAUCCGAGUGAUUUUUCAUUGGUAGAUGGUUUUGAAGAAGCGGUGAAUGUUGAUUCAAAUGUAGACUCCGUUGUUACUGAAACUGAAGAAAGUGGAAUGGUGACGAACGGAGAUGUUGAAAAUUUUGAUGAUGAUUUGUGUAAGGAAGAAUUGAAAGAAGGAUUGAAUGGGAAAGUAGAGGGAAACAAUGUUGAAAUUUUGAAGGACGAGGACGGUGAAAUCGGAGAUGAAACGGAGAAAUUGAAAUCUAGAACAUCGAAUGGUCCGGUGAAGGAUAAGAAAGUGAAACAACUGAGUGGUAAAGGUGUGAAUGCAGGUUUGGUGAGAAAGAGCAAAGUCGGGAAAGAUGAAGAGGUGGCAGCAGCAGCGGCUGUUUCGAAUGGUACUUUGAGUUUAGACUCGAAUCCGAGACAGGCGGUUAAGAGCAGAGCGUUGAACGACAAGCAGACUCGAUUGAACAAGCAAGCUGGAAAGUCUGAUGCAGCGUCUUCUGAAGCACCAAUGGAGAAGACUAGACCUCAAUUGAUAAAGAAAGAACCCCUUGAUAAUCUUCAAGGAAAUGCUGACUUAUCUUCUCCUACAACAGAAGAUGGCAAGCCUCGCAGAAUGGGGACAAUGCCAACUUAUGGAUUUAGUUUCAAAUGUAAUGAGCGAGCUGAGAGAAGAAAAGAGUUUUACUCUAAGCUCGAGGAAAGGAUUCAUGCGAAGGAAGUGGAGGAGAGCAACAUGCAAGCAAAAACCAAGGAGAGCCAAGAAGCUGAGAUUAGGAGGCUUAGGAAAAAACUAGCAUUUAAAGCAACUCCAAUGCCAAGCUUCUACCAGGAACCUCCUCCUUCUCGGGUGGAGUUGAAGAAGAUACCAACUACAAGAGCAAAAUCUCCCAAGCUUGGUCGUAAGAAGAAUUCAACAUCUUCAGAGCUAGAAGAAAACACCAGAAGCAAUGCUCAACAAUGUCGUUUAAGUCUGGAUGAGAAAUUAUCUCAGAAUACCCCCACUAAAGGAAUUAGUCCCGUUCACCCAAAGAAGCCACAACGAAAAUCUCUCCCUCCUCGACUGACUCCUGAAAGGAUCAGUUCAUCCAAUACAUCAGCUGCACGGACUCCGUCUAAGACGGUGAAUGAUGAGAAAGCCUCCUUAUCUAGUGUAACAACUGAUGUUACCACCUUGUCUAUUGCAACAAAGGAAGAGACUGUUGAAGCAGCUGCAGCUAUUGAGGAGAACAAUGCCUUGUCCGACAAGACAAGUGAAACCCCAUCUCUUAACAUAGAUCCAGGUGAAGUAGAAUCCUACGAGAAUGGGGAUAUAGUCAUUGAAGACAAACCACAGCUUGCCUUGGUACAAGAGCCUAUAGCAGCAGAGUAUUAAGCAAGCAGCAGGGAACAUAUAACCAGGUGUUGCUAUCAGAGGUAUUGAUUCAUCACGUGAAUAUUAUAGAAGCAUAUGAUUGAGAUUAUUUGACAAUGAAGGCUUGCAUAAUUAUCGUUUGUGAUGUCAUUUUGCCACAAGUGGCAUUGUAUCUUUUGUGUCUGCUCCCAAAGCUAGCUGGUUUUGUCCAUAUGACUCUCUUUCCUCCUUGCAGCAUUGUAUGUAAUAAUUAUAAAUAUUUGUCAAAUUGUUCCAGAUGAUGUGAAUUUGGUAUGCAACACUUGUGUCUGUUUGGUGACAUGUUAGCGAAAAUUUUGAGAAUGUUUACCAUAAAUGGUUCCAUUACAUUUUGUUUAGGCCUUAAACAGUUGGCAUUGCCUCAUGAAAUUAGCUGUUUGUGUAGUGGACACCACCCUGAUUAGUCAUAUUACAGCUAUGCUUUGUUAUGCAACAAGUUUUAUUGUCACUAUCAUAAUUUAUUUUUUAACUCUUAUAUAGCAACAUAUGCACAUGUUCCACGCACAAAAGUGCUAUGAUAUAACAACAUAUGCACAUGUGAUGUGCCUAAGGCCUAGUGCACGUCAAGCUCGAGUCAAGUUUGGGUUAGACUAAACCUUUUUUUUUUUAAUUUAUAA